AUGGAAGUUGCUGCGGCGAAGCAACUCCUCCCCAUGGCGCGGGGGGCGCCCAACUCCCCGUCCUCCUCCACCUCCUCCUCCUCGCCCUCGUCCGCCGCCGCCUCCCCGUCGCCGCGCCAGCAGCAGUCCCGGUACUCCCAGGCGCCCGUGCCGCCGUCGCCCAAGCCCGUGCCGCGCAUCAUCGACACCACGCCGUUCCCCACCACCUUCGUGCAGGCCGACGCCGCCAACUUCAAGCAGGUCGUCCAGAGCCUCACCGGCUCCGACACGCCGCCGCCGGUUGCGGCGGCGGCGGCGGCCCAGAAGCCCGCCAAAAGCCACGGCCACCACCACCACCACCACGGCGGCAGUGGCCUCGGCGGAGGCCCCAAGAAGCCGGCCUUCAAACUCUACGAGCGCCGGAUCGGCAAGAACAACCUCAAGAUGAUCGCGCCGCUGGCGAUGGCGGCGGCCGCGGCCGCGGGCGCGUCGCCGAGGAAGGCGGGGGCGGGGGCGGCGCCGGAGAUGCUGUCGCCCAGCGUGCUCGACUUCCCGUCCCUGGCGCUCGGGAGCCCCGUCACGCCGCUGUUGGCCGACCCCUUCAACCGGUCGCCGGCGUCGGCGGCGGCGUCCCCCGGCGAGGAGGACGAGGCCGCCGCCGAGCGCGCGGCCAUCGCGCGGAAGGGCUUCUUCCUGCACCCCUCCCCGAGGGCGGCCGAGCCGCCGCGGCUGCUGCCGCUGUUUCCCGUCACGUCCCCCAGGAUGGCGCCCUCACCCGCCGCCGCCGCCGCGGCGCCGUCGCCGUUGCAGUGA